AAAUCAUGGUAUAUUUUGUGUAUGAGCCCAUUCGGUAGUGAAAUUCAUAUCUAAUUUGCAUAUGAUUUAACAGCUUAUUUUAAUAAAUAUCAAUAAUCUAAAAGGUGAGAGUUAUACCGGACACCUAGAUGAACACUUUACAGUUGGUUGUGUGACUGUAAGUCAUUCCCUUCAAAUGCUAUUGAAGUUAGAAACGUGUAUAACAAUGUCGUAUGUAACUUUAGAGACGGUCCCUUAAUUUCCGCAUAUCCGUGAAUAUCGAAGAAAAACAACCAAACAUUCGUUUUAAGAAUGUUUUUGAAUCAUAACACUGUUGCGUCAUCGAGCUGUGACUUCUACUGUAUUGUUAGACAACUCGCAUCAUUUCACCUUCACGACGCUGUGAGCACAACUACAAGCUAUUUUCCACCUUUCACUGCUACUGAAACCGAGCUGGAAACGCUGUAUUGCUAUUAAUAUUAUUCAGAAGAGCAGGCAUCCUGCUCCUACACUCCAAGAACACGCAAGCAGAAUCCUCCACAUAUGGAAAAGGUGUGUCUUCUUCAUGAAGAGCCUGAGCACCUGCUCAUGGAGAGGCCAAAGAAAAGCAAGAGAACACAGACAGAGGAAAAGAAUAUGAAGAGCCAGAAAACAGGAACACACACUGAGAAAAGAAACAACUCUUUGCAAAAAGGCCCGCUGUCGACUGAGAACCAGUCAGAACCGUCCUGCUCCUACUCUCUAAGAGCACGCAAGGAGAAUCCUCUGAAAAGGAAAAGGAUGGAUCUUCUUCAUGAAGACUCUAAGCCCCAGCUCAAGGAGAUGCCAGAGAAACGAAGGAGAACAGGGACCGAGGAGAAGAAUGUGAAGAAAGAAAAGGGAAGCGCAAAGAGACAGAAAACAGGAACACGUCCUGUAAAAAGCAAUAUUUUGCAAACAGGGUCACUCUCAACUGAGACCCAAUCAGAGCCACCCUGCUCAUCCACUUUAUCCUAUAUAAAGGAUCUUAUUUAUUUACCAUCUGAGCCGCAGUCCGAGGACAUGCCAGAGGAUUUUUCUCAAUGCUACACUAUUGGAAAGUGGCUGGGAAGAGGUGGCUAUGCUUCCGUCUAUGCAGCUGUUCGUACGUCAGAUGGGGAAAAGGUGGCCGUUAAAUAUGUGUUAAAGGAAGCGGCGGAAUAUUUCACCCUCCCUAGUGACACACGUAGUAUCCCUCUAGAGGUGGUGCUUAUGGAGCUAUGCAAAACACAUCACAGUCCAUAUGUGAUAAAAAUUCUGGAAUGGUUCGAGACGCCCAAAGGCUUCCUCUUGAUCAUGGAGCGGCCCCACAAAUAUAUCACCCUCUCCAAGUUCUGUAGACGUCUACAAGGCAGAAUGUCUGAAGAUCUGGCUCGAAUCAUCAUGUGGAAAGUAGUUCAGGCUGCAGUUCACUGCAAGAGGAACGGUGUGCUCCACCGAGACAUUAAGGAAGACAACAUUCUCGUGAACCCGGAGACCCUGGAACUGAAGCUGAUUGAUUUCGGCUAUGCUUAUCUGCUCAAGGACAAGCCCUACAAGGCAUUUGGAGGCCCUCCAAUUUCCCUCCCAAUUCAAUGGAUAGCCGGACAUACCUGGCCAGAACCUGCCACUGUCUGGGAUCUGGGUGAUCUCCUCUGUACCCUGACAUGUGGAGAAAAGCCUUUAUAUUGUUACAUCCCACUCUUCAUCCAUGGUCUGUCUGAAGCCUGCCUCAGUCUGAUAAAUUGGUGUCUGCAAGAAGACAUUAAAAAACGACCAAACUUUGAGCAGAUCCUCCAGCACGACUGGUUCCAAGACAAGUUUCCCUCCAGAAUAAGAAGAAGAAGAAGAAAAAAGAUGUAAAAGCAGACAGGAACGUUUAUUGUGACUCAGACGAAAAAUGGAGAAAACCCCAGGCAGUGAGACGCAGUGAGACGCUGGAGUUGAAACCCUAAAGAUAGUCCUUUACGUAAUCAUUCUGGAAGAAAAAAACAAACAUUCGUUUUAACAAUGUUUUUGAAUCAGGACAUACACAACCAUUUGGCCGGCGCUCUAAACACAGAUAUGAAUGAAAUACAAUUUAGAUUUUUUUAUUUUUUCAAUAAAUUACUUUUAUUUUUUCAAUAAAUAACAUGACUACCA